GUGUUGAUACGUUGUGGUCAAUCCUAUCCACAGAUCGUUAAUGUUUUUUCGUUAUCUGCUCUGUUUUUCAAUGGCUUCUAUAGUUUCUCUUCUCCGCACUCUAAACUCUCAAAACCUCACGAAAUCAUGCUAUUAAGCAUUUCUUCUUCUCCAAUUUCUCAUCGAAUUCCUCACUUCCUCUCUACUUUCAACAAUCCCACUUCAAAUUUUCCUCCAAAAUCUCAUCUUUCCACCAAUCUCUCCACUCUAUCGAAUCAUAGCUUCUACGGCACCAAGAACAGAGCUUUACUCAGAAACAAGAGAUACCCAUAUUACAGAACACGAGCUCUCGCUGGAUUCGAUUUCGGAAGUUUCGAAUCAGUACUCGAAGCUUCCGCUGUUCUCGCUGCGAUUAUCGUCGUACACGAGACCGGUCACUUUUUAGCUGCUUCUCUUCAAGGUGGAUUUGUUGGAUUCCCUGAUAAUGAUCCCGACAGUGGAAUCCCUCUAGACGACAAAAAUCUUCUCAAGAAUCGACCGAUUUUGGAUAGAGUGAUUGUUGUUUCAGCUGGAAUUGUCGCUAACGUUAUCUUCGCUUACGCUAUAAUCUUUACUCAAGUGGUAUCUGUUGGAUUACCAGUUCAAGAAUCUUUUCCUGGAGUUCUUGUUCCAGACGUUAAGUCUUUCUCUGCUGCUUCUCGUGAUGGAUUGCUUCCGGGAGAUGUUAUCUUAGCCGUUGAUGGUACUGAGCUAUCUAAUUCCGGUUCUGAUUCGGUUUCUAAAGUCGUUGAUGUCGUGAAGAGGAAUCCGGAGCACAAUGUGUUGCUCAGGAUCGAAAGAGGGAAGGAGAAUUUCGAAAUCCGGAUCACGCCAGACAAGAGUUUCGAUGGAACGGGGAAAGUCGGUGUUCAGUUAUCACCGAAUGUUAGAUUCUCUAAGGUGAGACCGAAGAACAUACCGGAAACUCUUAGUUUCGCCGGUAGAGAGUUCUUUGGGCUCUCUUACAAUGUUUUGGACAGUUUGAAACAGACUUUCUUGAACUUCUCUCAAACCGCUAGUAAAGUCGCUGGUCCAGUGGCGAUCAUUGCGGUUGGAGCUGAAGUGGCGAGAUCAAACGCGGACGGGCUUUACCAGUUUGCAGCAUUGCUGAAUCUAAACCUUGCAGUGAUCAAUCUGUUGCCUUUACCAGCUCUUGAUGGUGGAACUUUGGCUCUGAUCUUAUUGGAAGCGGUUCGAGACGGGAGGAAAUUACCGUUAGAGGUGGAACAAGGGAUUAUGUCGUCUGGAAUCAUGCUUGUGUUAUUUCUCGGUUUAUUUCUCAUCGUCAAGGACACACUUAAUCUUGAUUUCAUCAAAGAAAUGUUGUAACUUGUAAGCUAUUGGGUAUAGAAGAAACAGGAAAAAAGGUAUUUUGAGAAACCUAAA